UCCUUCUUCCAAAACAUUUACACAAAUGAAACAGCCACUACAAGCUGCUGAUUGUUGGACUGGUAGUCAAAUACCUUCAUGCACAGCCACCUGCCAGAAGAGGGCGACAUUGCUGUGAGAUUCUACAGCAUCUGAAAAAACGCUGACCUCCAUGGGGAAUAUGGUUUGACCACAUCAGAUACCACACUGACACACAGAGCCAUUAGACCUAAUCCUGUAACAGUGAUACAAAUUUAAAAUAGAAAGGCUUUAAAACUGUUAGAUUACAGAUGGUAGUUGUUAAUGUCACACCAAAGUCUCAGUUUGCCUGAUGAAUUUCUCACACUGACUAAGCUGUUCAUAGUUGACCAAAUUAAAACACUGGGUAAGGUAGUGUGAUCUAAAGCAACACUACCAGUGAUGGAAGAAGUCAAGGUACAUGAAUAUUCACAUCAAAACAUGUUUAAAAGCACUGAAUGGUCCCUUUUAUUGUUAUACAGUAUAUUAUAUAGAUCAUUACAGGUACACAAGCAUCAAAGCAGCAUACUGUAACUUGUUGGGGGGCGGUUGAGGCAAUUUCAGGGACUUUAUAAUGUUGGAUUGUUUAAUACAUAUUUUGCCUGCCAGUUGCAAACCACAGUCAUGUUGUAUAAAUAAUAUUUUCCCUCUACAGCAGUGUUUCUAACAUUUACCUUACUUUCUUAUGCCUUUAAUCAUUUUGAGACUCCUCAGAUUUAUCUUGAGAGCCUCCACCCCUAACCCCAGACCUGUGAUCUUAUCCAGAUAUCAAAAACAUUCAGAUAUGAUCCAAAUAUGGAAAUAAAAUUUUGACAUUGGGAUAAAUUCCAGAAAUCUAAAAGAAAAUCGGGUAUAAUCCACAUAAGGAAAUAUCGCUACAAUCAGGAUAAAAUCAAGAAAUCUAAAAAAAAAAAGAUCUAAUCCAAACAAAGAAAUAACAGUACAAUAAGGAUAAAAUCACGAAAUCUUUUUUUAAAAAAUGGAAGUUAUCCAAAUAUGAAAAUGACACUGACAUAUGUAUAAAAUCCAAAAAUCUAAAUACUUUGCAUGUAAUCCAAAUAUGGAAAUAACACUUUCAAAUCAGGAUGAAAUCCAUAAAUCUAAAAAAAAAAAAAAAAAUCUGAUAUAUAAUCCAAGUAUAUAAAUAAAAAUGUUAAAAUCUGGAUAAAAUCCAAGUGAAUACAAUCCAUAAUAAUAAAAUGGAAAAACUGAAGCAUGAGUACCUCAGAAAUUGUACUGACCACAUGACCACAUCUCUGACAAAGCCUUAACAAGUGGACACAGCAUCUUAGUGUUAUUUACAUUAUCAAAUUUUAUUAUAGGUGUUACUUUGUCCCAGUGAAAUUAAACUAAAAUAUGACUGUUGGUGCAUUCAUGAUCUAUACAGUUCAGAAUAUAAAUAGUGUAAACUGUACUGUAUAUCAUAGCAUCUCACCUACUGUUUGUGUAUAGGGCAUUAUAUUCUCCUAAUAACAUUAUUUCAAUAUAAACAAUCUAAUUUUAAAAUACAAAAAAAAAAAAAAAUCAAAAAUAAUGAAUUGACUUUCAAAAUAAAAUUCAAAUGAUUGUUCUUAUUAGUAGGCAGUUGUUGUUUUCAGUGUCUCGGGAGGCUGGGUGUCACUGAGGGGGGCGGCGCACCUCUCCAGCAGACCCCUCCCGCCCCCAAAUCCCCCUCACACACUGUGACCAGCAGCCAGACAGCCAGACGGCCAGGCAGCCUCCUCACUACACACAGCGCCGCACAGCACCGCAGUCACAGCAGCAUCUCAUGCCUUCUGCUCCGGGAUAGACAGCCGUGCAUCUGUCCAUCCGUCCGUCCAUUACAGCAGCCAGGGAGGUGGAAGCCUGAGGCGUGCAGGUGAAGAUGCUGGAAAACGGGAGGAAGGUGUUCAAGGAGGGUUUGCUGGAGAAGCGGAGCGACGGGCUGCUGCAGCUCUGGAAGAAGAAGCACUGCGUCCUGACCGAGGACGGCGUGCUGCUGCUGCCGCCCAAGCAGCACGACCAGCCGCAGCACCACCAGCCGCAGCACGGCGGCGGCGGAGGGGACGCGGGCAAAGUCAAGGAGCUGCACUUCGCCAACAUGAAGACGGUGGACUGCGUGGAGCGGAAGGGCAAGUACGUCUACUUCACGGUGGUCAUGACGGAGGGGAAGGAGAUCGACUUCAGGUGCCCGCAGGACGAGGGCUGGAACGCGGAGAUCACCUUGCAGAUGGUCCAGUACAAGAACCGGCAGGCGAUCCUGGCCGUCAAGUCCACCCGGCAGAAGCAGCAGCUGCUCGUCGUGCAGAUGCCCGGACAGAAGACGAUCCGCAGCUCGCCAAACGUUGCGUGACCUGCGGCGAGUCCCGCGGACAUUGGUGCACCAUCAGCGGUUAAUUGGACACUCAGCCGGAGGAUGAAUAUUGACGCGGGCUGCAUCCCCCCCUGCCACUUCACCACAGAGCUCCAUUCUCCAGGAGAGCCCCUCUUCCAUGUCGUGGUGUCCACAGACCAGCGUCCCCUUUUCAAUACAGAGACUUAUUUCACAAAAGACUGAUGGACAAAAAGCAUGUGAGAAAACAACUGUACUCUACCGUGCAUUGGGUUUAUCCCUUAUUUAUUAGAUGUGUAUAUAUAUUUUCUAUAAAAAAAUGUUAUGUUGUUGAUGAAUGUUCAGUGUGUUUGUUGCUAGAAUGGAACAAGAAAUACUCACUCGGAGGUUCCUAGCCCACAUGUUACACACAAAGUCCAUUGGGAAUAAGCUUAUAUAAUUAUCUUAGGACGGUUGCUGUAGGUUAGUCAGAUCACUUCAUUCCUGGUAGAAUGUGUCAUCGUCCAUGUUUUCAUUUCUCAACUGAACCAAAGAAUCACGCCAUUACAUUUCUCUCUCUAGUGCAGUGUUCCAGCUCAGAGUAUACUAUACUAAAAUACUAUAGAUAUAUGAUGAGAUACCUGCAUGACUAAUUUGUUUGAGUGCUUGAUUUGUUUAUAGCCACAGUACAUCUUCAUAUUUAUAUUGUGUGCAUCAAUCAUUUUCCUGCAUUCAUAGCUAACAAAGCAAUCUCUUGCUUUCUUGUAAGUCUUAAGUCUGAGUAAGACGCAAGCUUAUUACUCUCAGUUUGUUUUCAGUGGCUACGAGCUAAGAGCGCUGUUAAGUAGUAAGUAAGUAACAUACACAGCUGAGUUUUUAUUAUAUUAAAUACUCUGAAGACAGUUUAACUGGUUGCAUUAAAUCUUAGUGGGUGUGGACACAUUGCCAAUGUUCUCUGACUUGAUAGGUGUAGUCUGAAACCAAUAAGGUGGAGGAAAACAGUAGUACUUGGAAUUGAUAGCCAAAAACAAAGAGGAAAAGUACCAUGAAAUUUUUAAAUCUGUGGACAUUCAGAGCUACUUCCUCUUCUGCGUCAAAACUGGAGAUGCUAUUGUAGCUAAUUAGCUGUGUUGCACCUACUAUUUUUCUUUAGCCCUACUUUGUCAGAGUGUAAGUGCCCCACAAAAGAGGCAUGGUUUGUAGACAGUUAUGGAGUCCAUGGUACAAAUAGGUCUCUUGAAUAAACUGUGUCAAAUUAUUUCCCUGUUAGCUACUGUUAACUGUAACUAAGCUUGCUUCGUGUGAGUUAGCUACUGUGCUAACUAGUUUGCUCAAUGAAAGUUGGCUGCUGUGCUAACUUGCUUGCUUAGGGGGCAUUCGUAAAUCCAAUUUGAUGCUGUACACUAAAAUGAGAGCGUUGUUGUUUAAAGAAACAGAGUGUUCAAUUUGCAAAUGUUCCAGUUUGUGCCAGAGUGUGCUCCGGCACUUGGAAUGAGUAUUUCCGAACACACCUUAAGUGUAAUGAUGUGUUCAGAGGAAGUCGUGUUUACUGUGCUCCAGAGAGGAGUUCGUAAGAAAUUUUCUGAGAGUCCCAAGUUCAUAACUGUGUCUAGGCCUAAACCAGGCCCCCAGGAAGUGAGCCGGGCUUUGAAGCCAGUUUUCAUAGUGGCUGAACAGCAGAAUUAGAACUUCCUUGUGCGUCACGUGAUCCCACUGGGCCCAGAAAGACUUUUUCCCAUAGACUUACAUUGUUAGAGGGAGAUUUUUUUUCUCUGCAGAAUGACUCAUUUCACUGUCUGGACUUGAUCCAUUUGAUUCAAUAACAUUUGGCAAGUCGAGAGGAGCCACAAGAUUAAAUCAUCCCCAUUCAAGUUAGCAAAGCACGACAAUGAAAGUAGCCGGCUCGGCCAGCAGACGUCUCUAUUGCGCCUGCUCUAUGGGCGCAAUGAUGUAGAAGAAGCGCAGAUCAUGUGGGUAAUUUUAUACGUUGCAGUUAAACGUUUUUGGCUUCAUGCGCCACUGAGCAGCCUUCAUAAGAAUGAACGGGCCAGCCUUCAACACUGUAUUCAGGUCUUUUUAGACAACUAUGGCCUACACAACUUUCAGUGUUGUAAAUACAAGCCCACAAGUUUCAUUUGAACACAGCAUAUGUUAGCUUCUGUUCUAUGCGAGUAGUGUAAGUUUGGUACUGUGCUAAACAGCUUACCUACUGUAAGUUAGCUACUUUAUUAUUCUAACUUACUUACUGUAGCCUAAGUUAGCUGCUGUGGUAACUAAGCUAGCUGUUUUGCGAAUUAGCUUGCUUCUUUUGAGCUAACAAUCUAGCUUAACAGUCAGUAACAAGAGAUCUCUAUGACUGACUAGUACCAGCAUGUUCCCAACAGGCUGUUACGGUGCAUGCCCACUAUAGACGACCAGUUCGCCUAAACUCGCAUCCGCCCUACACCGCCAGUCAGGCAGUUGUGGCUGCAGCUUGAUUGGCUGUCUUAAUGUCAGCACUGUUUGGAUUUUUUUAAAUUGCCACACCCUGUCUUCGUGCUGCCUGCUUGGUCCUCACUGAAGGUAUCCCAGCGUGCUUUGUGCAACAAAUCAGUCGCUUCCAUUGUGUUCGCGUUUAGCUCACCAGCUACAGGAGUUCGGCAACUAGUCCUGUGAGCAAUGCCCACAUCAUCAAACUUCAAGAACUACAUGUUUGGUAAAGAUGUGUAGGUGUAUUUUGCUGCACCAGGAUUACACCCCUGACAUUCUGUAAGGUUCACUCGCUGGGGGGCAUAUGGCGACUGACUUCCUCUUGACUCCUCGCACAUGUGAAUGGCACAAAAAUUGGCUAGACCACUCCAUUACAAUACAUCUCUUCCUGCAUUAUAAUGUUUAUUGGACUCAAAGGCUCAAAUUGUGACCAUACAGAGUUUUUAUGAUUCAUUAAUCAUUUUAAAGACGUUUCUUUGUUUCUGGUCCCGUCAUGUGACCUUACAGCUGAAGCGCUGCUCCUGGGGGUUUGGUGAAAUCACGUGUCAGUGUCGCCCUGCCACAAGGUCAUUUGUAGGAUCCCUCUGUUUUUAUAGCUACUUAGCUAACUGCUGACUUUCCAUUAUCACAAAUGCUGUGAACAUGUUUGUAUUUGACCUGAUGUGCUUCAUGGCAAUUCAAGCUUGCCAGCUAGCUAAAUUAAGCUAAAACAGACCAUUUGGCCCCACCCACUGACAUUUAUGACAACCAAUCAGAUUGUUUCUGCCUCUGUAGGAGCUCUGCCUCUGAGAAACGUUCAUGAAACAAUAUCUCUAAUCUGCAAUGUUUAAACUACAAGGCAUGAUAAAUAAACAGACUGAACAAUGCGAUAGCUGUGGAACUGAAGGUGGCAACACACAGGGCAACAUUUAGUGGAACGUGACAGGUAACGUCCUCCUCUAUUGUUUUUUGUUUUUCAUGAUGAUGGAGUGCUGUUCUGUCAGGAAACAUGUUAUUUCACUAUUGCUCAUGUUGUUUCCUGUUUUUCUGAAAGUGUUUUGCAGUGCUUUUCCCUCAUGCCAGUGUAUUGCAGCCAAACCAACACAUGCCUCCGUGCUGUUGUCAUCUCCCACGCAGGGUAAUAGCUGUGCCCUUUAUCUAAUGUGACUGGUGUGAUGCUUCUCUGACAUGCCUUCCUGUUGCCAUCAUUACACACACAGUUAUAGCUGUGCCCUUUGUAGCCACUGUCCAAUUUCUUAUUUCAACGUGAGAUCUAUUUUCAUACCUCGAAAAGAUACAUUCCAUUAAAAAAAAAAAAAAAAAAAAAAUAGCACAGUGUCUCAUGUGGUUUCUUUCGUUCUUCAGAGCAGCAGAUGAGCGUCAGAGCCCUGCGGUUCGGCGGGGUCAUCUAAACGACCUGUUUAACUAGCUGCUGCUCUGUCGGUCUCCAGCCUUUCAUGCUUUACAACUGCUGAACCUUUCACCCCCUGUUUCCUGGUCUAAAAGUAGAAGCCGUGUGGAGAAUUGGGUUUCACUGCCAGUUGUUGCCGCUCAGAUAAACUGCCAGAGCGUAAUGUCAAAAGCACACGUGGCUCCGACUACUCUGCUGUCUAAAGCUGAGCUAAUUCAAUUAAACACAGUGCACAUGACGGCAUCCUUUCUGACACAUGAGGGGUUCACUGCUGCUGGAGAGGAACAUUGCUGUGUGAGAAAGCAGCUUGUCUAUCUAAAUAUUAAAGUCUGGACAUCAGAGUCACCUGCCACCCCAGUCCUUGAACAUUUUUCUGUACUUCAGAAACAUUAAAAAAAAGUCACACUGGUUGGCACAGUAAUGCAUUUACAUUUCAGACAUUUAACAGACGCUCUAAUCUAGACAGCUAACAGACAGCUAAAGUCGUUGAUCACCACCAUCACAGGCGAGAAAUAUUAAAGCCAGACUAUGUAACUUUUGCUGAACAGCUGCCACUGUGACCACAAGUGCCAGUUACAAAUAUUACAGAAGCGUGCUAUGCUGACUACUCUGUGACGAGAUAACUAAGACCCUGAAAUCUCUGGGAACACUAUUUUAUGUGUCACUAAAAGCUUAAACAUUUACAAACAAUUUUCUGUUAAGUUGUGUGAAUUUUACACAACUUGUGGGUAAAAUGGACAAUAUUCAAUUACAUUGGCAACAUCCAGUUAAUGAUUUUUUUUUUUUUUACUAAUAUGAAGAGUAAAGUUUCAAAUAAUGUUUAAAGAUGAAUUAAUUUCUACUUGUGUUUAAACUGUGCAUCUCUUUAUGGCAAAUGCAUUUAGAAAUAAACAACUGCUACUAAUGUUAACAUAAAUGACCCUCCAAAAUUGGUCUUUAUUUUCCAUUAA